CAUUGUCUAUUCCCCUUCUCUUUGUUUUUUGGUAACCGCCUUUGAAGUAAUCGGCUGCGCGGAUUGUUGACGUUUAUGUAUGUGUAAAAAGUAAUUAAAGUUUACGAGGGUGCAAGUUAGUACGAAUAUGAUAUAAAAAAGUAAUACAGGAAGUAAACAUUUCGUUAGAUAUACAUUUGGAUGUUUUAGUGAAUAUUAUAAACGUAUUAUGUUUCAAUAGAUCAAUAUAGUCAUGCCAAGCUCCUUACUUUUUGGCAUUAAUAAUGAGGGUAGAGUUCACACCCUGUCUACCACAGGAUCGUUUUGGCGAGAAUUACCUUAUGCCGGCCAAGAAUUCAAGAAAUUAUCCUCUGUACCACAUUUUUUAUGGGCUUUAGGAGGAGAUCAUCAAAUAUAUGUUUAUGUUUAUGGUUUAGAUGUUCCAAUUCGAGUAGUUGAAGAAUCGUAUGAAAACGAGAGAUGGUUGCCUAUUGAAGGCUUUUCCUCACGCUUAUUACCAACAGACCGUUGCCAUUUUUCUAACUUAGAUGGUACCGAAGAUAGAGCUAUUGAUAAAAUACGACUACCAUCAAUGGCGUGGCAAUGGGAAGGAGAUUGGCAAAAAGAACUGAUUCUAAAUGGUCAGCCUUUAGAUCAUGAUGGGUGGACAUAUGCUGUAGACUUUCCAGCAACUUUUUAUCCCAAAAAACAAUGGAAGAGCUGUGUUAGGAGAAGACUGUGGACUAGAUCUAGGAGAUAUAGCGCGAUGAAUACUUGGUGUGCUAUUGCACCUCUACACAAAGAUGCUACCAGUGAACCUUUUAUUGAUGUUUCUGUUGGAGGACAAAAUGUUUCUGGGGCUGAUCCGGGAACUAUGCUGGUGUGGUCAGUCACAUCUCAUAAUAGAGUAUUAUUCAGGUCUGUUGUAAGUACAAGAUCACCAGAAGGCGCGCGUUGGAUUCACGUCCAAACUCCUUCUGGUUCCGAAGCAUGUCAAAUCAGCGUAGGACCCACAGGAUUAGUUUGGGCAUCGACAUUAAAUGGAACAGCUCUAGUUAGAAUCGGAGUGUGUCGUGACAAUUUACAAGGUGAUGCCUGGGUGACAGUAAAUAGUCCCGGAGAAAAUUUAAGAAUAACUCAAAUUUCCGUUGGAACAUGCGCAGUUUGGGCUGUUACUCAUGAUAAACAGAUAUGGUUCAGGAAAGGAGUAAAAGGAGAAGGCGCUAGCUUAAGUGAAGAAUUAUCCACUGGAAAUGGAUGGAUCGAGAUGGUCGGCAGAAUUAGUCAAGUUUCAGUAGCUGCAAAUGAUCAAGUUUUCGGAGUUGGUGCUGACGACCGUUUAGUUUAUCAUAGAACUGGUGUAUGUCCAGAAGAUUUAACAGGAAAACGAUGGCAUGCGUUAAGAGCGCCACUACAAGUUAGCAGAGCAAAUAGUAAUGCUAGUAUUAAUAGGGACAAAUUUCAUAGAAGCUACAAUAACUUGCAAUCUCGACCGAGCAGUAUGAUCGAACAAUCAGCUAUAACAGAAUGGGAUAAUCACGCCCAUUCAGCACCAACAGUUCCAACAUCCCUACCAGUAGGUGAUUUAAAUAUCAAGUAUGAAACACAACCAAAAAAUCCAAAAGCAUGGAGUCCCGUACAUUCUGUAGGAUCCAUUGUAGGUAUGGAAGUACAUCCUGAAACUGAUGAAAGUAUUUGGAGCGAAUCAAGUAGAGAUUCUUGUAUUUUUGCCGAUGAUGAAGAAUUGGGAUGGGGAGAGUAUGAAGCCCCUUGGUCUUGUGUAGAAUCUGGUGCUUGCACACUUGAUGUAUCACAACUUCCAAAUUGGUUUGGUGAUUCAGAUUCGCGCAAUGCUAACGCAGAUUUUAAUGAACCGUGGAGAAUAAAAAUUUUACAAGAUUUAAAAAUGCGCUCACCAAAUAAUGAAAAAUUCGCUGAUUAUGAGUUGGCAGUAAAUACUACAUCUUGGAUGCAUUCAGGAGAAGCUAGAGUUAGUAUACAUGGAGGUACUUUCAUGGAUUGUAUUUUACAAUUAGAAUGGAUCGAAAAUAACGGUACUUUGACAAUAUUAAAUCCAGAUGGAGCAACUACAAUGCACUCUUUCAGUCUUGGUGACAUAACAUGUAUUCAACUACGGAGUGAACCUGGGAAUCCCCGCUUAGCAAUACACAUCCCAAGGCAUUCUACAAGAAUGAUUAAAUUACAAUUUACCAGUGAUGCCUUACUAGAAGAAUGGCAAGCUCUGUUUGCUACUAGUUGUGGAAAAAUUCAUAAUGUUACUGGAAAGCCAAGUGACGAAAGUGUAUGGGCAGUUACACAUCUAGGCGACAUAUUUGUAUGGGAUCCAACCCAAUUAGAAUCUAACCAACUCAGAGAAGACGAAUUCUAUGUUCAGAAAUUUGAUUUGAGUCGUAAAGAAUCACCUUUCAAAGUAGCUUUACAUGUAGGUUGUAUACCAGGUACUAUUAUUACUCUUAAUGGUUGUGUUGGAGAUGAUGCAGAACGAAUAGCUAUAAAUUUAGAAGCUCCCAUAACCUACAAAUUAAGACAUAAGGCACAUACUGAAAUUGAUAACGUCUGUUUACAUAUUAACCCCCGAUUUGAUUCAAAUGAAGUGGUGAGAAAUGCUAUGAUUGAUGGUAAAUGGGGCUUUGAAGAAAAAGAAGGGGAUAACCCGUUUUCAAAAGGACAAGAAUUUAAUCUUAGAAUAGAAACUACAGAAGAUGCUUUUGUUAUAUUUUUUAAUGAUAAAGAAUUCACCUCAUUUAGACACAGGUUGCCUCCUCAAAGUGUUUCUAUAUUAAGUUACUGGGGUAAAAUGCAACCAUUUAAACUAGUUAUAAAGAGUCCCGUUUUAAUAAUGGAUAUGUUGGAUGUAUAUUGGAGGCAGCUAGGAGGGCAUUUGAAAAAAGUUGAGACUUGCUCUGUAGGGGUUACCUGGGGAAUAGGUUAUGAUUAUACGGCUUGGGCGUAUACUGGAGGAUGGGGAGGAGGGGUGUUUGGAACCUUGGAUAGCCACAAUGUUUAUCCAAUGACUGAUUCGCAAGACUACAGGGUGUAUGAAAAUCAACGAUGGAAUCCAUUAACAGGCUAUACUUCUGCAGGCUUACCAACAGAUAGGUACAUGUGGAGUGAUGCUACAGGCAGAAAGAAGCGCACUAGAGAUCAAGUAAAGCUCCUCUCUGUACACUGGCAAUGGGUAUCUGAUUGGAUGACAGAUUUUCACGUACCUGGAGGUGUAGAUAAAGAAGGCUGGCAGUAUGCCAUGGAUUUUCCAUCUACGUAUCAUGCCAAUAAGCAGUUCACAGAUUAUGUAAGACGUCGCAGAUGGUACAGAAGAUGUGCAAUAGCAACAACAGGUCCCUGGCAAGAAAUAGGACACACUAAAAUAUUGGAUGUCUCUUUGGAGCCAGUUAGUGAUUUUGUAGAUUCAACUGUAGCUGUUUGGGCUCUUGCAACUGGAGGACAAGCUGUAGUACGAGUAGGAGUUUCUAAAUCAAAUCCCGCAGGUCACAUAUGGGAACAUGUAAAUACAGAUCAACCUUUAACCAGUAUUAGUUGUGGUCCAUUUAAACGUGUCUGGGCUGUGGGAAGGAAAGGCUGUGCUUAUUAUCGAUUAGGCAUAACUGAGGAGAAGCUCGAAGGAGAUAAAUGGGUAUGUGUCGAAGCUCCACAAGGAAGUCAACUAAAGCAGAUAUCAGUGAGUUCACUUGGUGUAUGGGCUGUAGACCAAGAAGGUAGAAUACACGUUAGGAAAGAAAUUACAUCUACAUUUCCUGAGGGGACACAUUGGCAGACCAUAGUAGCCGAUCCUCCAGUUUUAAAUUCUGCACCAGAUACGACAGGAUUCAAGCAUGUCAGUGUCAGUCAUAGUCAAGUUUGGGCUACUACAAAUGGUGGUGUAAUCCUCAGAAGAGAAGGAAUAUGUGCAGCAAAUCCAGGAGGAUCAGGAUGGGAUAUUGGUAUUGCGGGAAAUUGGCAGUAUGUCAGCGUACGAGCCUUCAGCUAAAUCAGUAUAAAAUGUGAUCUUGAAGUUUAUUCACUAGGCAGACAAAAUCCUUUAGUUUUAGGUUUUAUUUAUUUUAUAUGCUAGUCUUUUAAAAUGAAUUUAUGAUUUAUACAAUAAACUAUUUUUUACCAA